UGGGACGGAGACAUCUCCAGGAUGACUUGACUCAGCGCUGGGCACUCUCACUUCGCACCACGAUGGCCUCGGGAGGUGGCGUCGCCCUUCUUCUGGGGCUGCUGGUCCUUGCAGCUGACCUGCCACAUAUCGUAUCGCAAGGUAAGUCCUGUGAGCUACCAGGUGGGCGGUUGGGAAGAGAGGUCCCUCUGGCCUCCUGGUCCAAGACCACCAAACCCAGCUCCCUCCCAUCUCUGUUUGGCUUGCUACCUGACCAUUCCUUGUCCUCCCAGUGGGGCAUGAAUUUGAAAUGCUAGGCUUCCCCAAUACCCUCCAACUAGGGCUCCACAGGCUGAUUUAUUUAGGCCUACUGGGGUGGCUUUUUAAGUCAGACUCACAACUCUUGCUUUCCUUCACACACACAUGGAACUAAACUAUCCAUCCACCCCUCAAAAUACAGUCAUUUCUUCUUCUUCUUCUUCUUCUUCUUCUUCUUCUUCUUCUUCUUCUUCGUCUUCAUCUUCGUCUUCUUCAUCUUCUUCUUCGUCUUCUUCUUCCUCUUCUAAAAAAUAUGGAAACAUCUAGCCACUAGAAAUCACUAUAUCAUUUAAAGAUUUGUCUGAUUUUCAAAAAGAGAGGAAGAUACAUUUGAAGGCUAGUUCCUUUUUUCUUUUUCUCUUUUUUUAAUGAAACGGUAAUUUAUUUGAACAGUUUGCAGAGAACACACAUACAUAUAUAUCUCACACUAUACAUAUGCAAACUGUCUCAUCUAACUUUGCCUUGUGUUGAACACAGCAAAGCACUAUGAUUAAGAAAAAGCAAGUGGUUUGAAAAAAAUAAAUAUAUGGUUAUAACAGAAAUUAUAAUAUCUGGUCAAAAACAAUUCUGCUGUUCUGUUUUUUAUUUUAUUUUGUUUUGUUUUUAUUAAAGAUUUCUUGGUUUACAAAAGUAUGUGCAAUGCCUCUUUUUUUCAAGUUACAUUUUCUACAGACCAGUCUCAUUUGUUAGACAUUAGUGUUACAUUAGGAAGGGGGGGGGCUGGUGAGUGGGACUGGGGUUGGGUGGCGAUGUUUCUUUCACCUUUUGACGGCUAGUUUCUGUGGGGCAUGUGGCUGGCAGGGAGCAUCUCCUGACUUCAUGCCCUUCUUGGGAGCUUCCUGGCAGCUGAUCGCCAUUGGAAGCAGGAGGCUGGGCUAAGUGGACCCAUCUGGAUCUCAAACUGCAAGGUUGCUCUUGCAAGACCCUCUCUGAUCCUUUCUUGGAGCUCCCAACCAACUGCAUGGAUCAUCAGGAAACCCCUGAUGUUUUGCCAACCGAAGAUAAGCUAUGAACCCCCCCCCAAUCCCCCAGGAACCUUUGCAUCAAAGAUUCAGAGAAGGGCAACCAAAAUGAUCGAGGGGAUGGAGAGAUUCCUUUAUGGGGAAAGAAUACAGCAUUUAGGACUUUUUCGAUUAGAGAAAAGGCCAAGAGGCAGCAUGGUGCAAAUUUAUAAAAUUAUGCACGGCAUGGAGAAUGAGGCUAGAGAAAAGUUUUUCUCCCAAGCAUCAUAGAAGAGUUGGCCACUAACCUAGAUGGCUGCUGAAACAAAAUUAAAAAAUUCCUUCCAGUAGCAUCUUAGAGACCAACGACCGUAUUUUUUGCUCCAUAAGAUGCACCUAGUUUUUAGAGGAGGAAAACACACAAAAAUAAUAUUCUGAACAAAACAGUGGAUGUAUCAUUUUUGUGGUUCAUGCUGUGGCCACAGACAUGAUAUGUGAUUUGAUGGUGAAUUUGGGGUGACCCAAUGCAAAAAUCCUGAGGAUCCAUGUGGAUCCGUGCUUUGUAACCACGUUUUUGCGCCAUUGCGGCACCACGCAACAGUGGGUGUGUGGUUUUUUUGUGCAGGCUGUAGCCAUGGACAUGCUAUGUGAUCUGAUGGUGAAUUUGGGGUGACCCAGUGCAAAAAUCCUGAGGAUCCAUGUGCUUUUACCUCCCCCCUCCCAAGCAGCCUCCUUUAUCGUUAGCAUCCCUUAUCUCCCUCCAAUCGCUUGCCGAUCAGCUGCUCAGCGGCUUCGUUUCAACACCCCCUUCCCUCUUUCUUAAAAAAAAAAAAAAGCACGAUCUGCUUUUUGCCCCUGGACAAUUCGGCUCCAGGGACCAUGCAUUCGCUCCAUAAGACGCACAGACACUUCCCCUUACUUUUUAGGGGGGAAAGUGUGUCUUAUGGAGCGAAAAAUACAGUUAUUGGUAUGAGCUUUCGUGUGCAUGCACGCUUCUUCAGAUGGCUGUGUUCUGUCUCCAGGGCCGGAGGCAGCAACGUUUCUGAACGCCAGUUGCUGGAAACCACAGGAGGGGAGAGGGCUGUUUUGCUGGAAUUCUGCUUGUGAGCUUCCCUUUGGGGCAGCUGGUCGACUAUGCCUUCCUUUCAAUGUCUUCCUUCUCCCCCAGUGGCUAAACUGGUCCCCACUUGUCUUUCUUUCCUUCCAGACCGACCUGGCUAUUGCCUGGAACUCCCUGUCCAGUCUACUGACCCCUCUGGUGGGGGCUCCUGCAACCAGUGCAGUUCGGAUGCCAACUGCCCACCAGGCAAGAAGUGCUGUGGUUCGCCCUGUGGCAACACCUGCCAGGCACCUCAGCCAAGUAAGAAUGCCCUCCCUUCCAGGUUCUGUGCUUCUUUCCUUUUUGGCCUGUUUACUACGCACAUCUUUUUUUCUUUUUCUUUUGGAAAAGCAGGGAGGGUUAUUGCCACCUUGCGACCUGUCAUUAUCUCUCCUAGGAACGUUCACGUCUCCAGACUCCCUCCAGGCAAGACUGUGGCCUGCAACUGGAAAAGCCAGAUUGCGUAAAGGCAAACGAUGAAAAUGUCUCGGAAGGCCUGCAAAUGGGAGUCAAAAUUGUCAGCAUUUGAUUAAUUGCUCUUUGCUUUCAGGAAUGAGCUUGCAUGUGUCUGUCUGCUUCGGAGCUUUGAAACACAUUUUAAGCUGUUUUAAAUUUUCUGUUUUUAAUUGCUGUAAGCUACCCUGGGACGUUAGGGGGAAGUGGCACCCCAGGCUUGUGCUGUGGGUGGGCAGCUGCGCAGAACGAGACUCUGUGUGGCAAGCAGUGUUGCUGUUCGUGUGCCACAAAUAUUCCCCCCCCCCCAGCACUUCUCUUCCUCCUGUUCUUCCUCCUCCAGAUCUUUGCAGACUUCCUCCUGUCACAGGUCCCUGCAAGGCUUUAAUACGGAAACUGUAUUACAACUGGGGGAAGAAGAGGUGUGAGGAAUUCGUUUAUGGGGGCUGCCAGGGUAACCUGAACCGGUUCGACACCCUGGAGAUGUGUCAGGAAGCCUGUGGGGGUCAAGGUAAGCACAGCUCCAGCUCUGGGCUUUGCAGGGACCCUGGGGGAGAAAGUCCCCUUGAGAGGGGGUUCAGUAAUGAGGGUCAGACUCAUCCCCAAUUAUAGAAUCCUAGACUAGUAGAGCGGGAAGGGACCCUGGAGAAUCAUUUGGUCCGCCAGCAAUGCAAGAAUCACAACCGAAGCAUCCUUGAUGGAUGGCCAUCCGGUUGCAGGGCAAAUCUGCUGUCUCACUAGUACUAUUAACUACUCGUGAGUCGGGUUGAAGAAAGAGUCCAAAAUUUAUUUACUGCAGUAAAUAGGUUCAGCGUGGUCACUUCCACAAAGGCUUAACGUGUGUGUGUGUGUGUGUGUGAACCUUUUAUAGGGUUUACAGACAAAGAAUUAAUAUAAAAUCCAACCAGAGCGCUGCAGACAUUUGCAAAGGGUAGUUGGCAGAACACUCACUGGAUACAACUUUCUAGAUGUCCAGCCUGCAACUUGACGUGUGUCCAGCCCUUCUAGGGCCCCUCGCUUCUAACAUUUUGAAGCCUACAUAGAUACAAGCAUAAAGGUAAAGGUACCUCUGACCGUUAGGUCCAGUCGUGGCCGACUCUGGUGUUGCGGCGCUCAUCUCACUUUACUGGCCGAGGGAGCCGGCGUACAGCUUCCGGGUCAUGUGGCCAGCAUGACUAAGCCACUUCUGGCAAACCAGAGCAGUGCACGGUGUUACGGUAAAAUCUGGGUGCGGGGCUACUCUGUCACCCAGCUCGUCGGACUAGGUCCGCGGGUCCCUGCGGAAGAAAAUGAGCUCAGCCGGAGACAGGAGCAAACUGCAGAAGAUCCAAGUUUAUUGCGCAACAGGUUCAAGACGAGAUUGAACAGCGAGAAAGGGGUGACAUGAACUUUUGAAACUUCCCUCCAUGUCCCAGAAUACAGUGCAAAAUACAUCCUAGUUAUAUCAUGAAUACAUUAAGAAGAGGUUGGGUUACACAGAUUACAUCAUGAAUACAUUAAGAAGAGGUUGGGUUACACAGGAUUAACAUACGGAGGAGGGAGGGGGAAUAUGCAGAGCUGGAGAUAAGCGCUUCCUGAGUACCGGUGAUGAGAAGACAAUAGUCCAAGUAUGUAAAGUCUUCCACCUGGCAUUGCCCGGAGGAAAGGUUGGGCAGAGUGAUUUGACUGGAUUAGGGUCUUCCUGAGUACAUGACUCCUCGCUCAAGGGAUUAUGGAGGCAGAGGAGGUGUCAUGGAGUCCUGAAGAAACUGAGUCGAUCGACACCAAAACCAAGAAAAUCGGAGCUGCGGUUGAUUUUAUACGAAUUUUAGACGUUUUAGUCCGUUUCAGUCCAUUCUUAUAUUGAUAAUUGAAGUCAGAAACAAAAUAGAUACAUUGUUGCAAGAUUUGACACUUUUAUGGGUUCACGAGUUUCGGUUCCAUUGUUCUCCCAGCGGGGAGCCGUCAACAGCUUGUCAAGAGGUUAAAUGAGGCGUGCAGGAGCUCGCUGAGCUAGCUCUGCAAAGCGAAUGCAUGGUUCUGAUUGCGUAGAACGCAGCCAUUGAAACGAAUGGGGGAUACAGUUUGAUACGGUCUACCCACGAUAAAGAUGGAGCGAGAGAGAGGCUUAAGAGUUUGGGCUUAUUUCGCCCGUGUGGAAAAAGGGAAAGGCACUUUAAUUUUGGGGCUUGGGUAGGGUGUGGUGCUUGUGCAACGGUGUGGGGGCUGAGGGGUGAAUGUAGGGCUGGGUGCCCUUGAGGUCAUCGCCUCGGACCCUCUGGUGACUGGCGGAAGGGUGAAGGAAGGCACCCCCCCUUCCGUAUCAACGGAAACGCCGUUUCCCUUCCCGCCGGAGCGGUGCCUAUUGACCUACUUGCACUUUGACGUGCUUUGGAACUGCUAGGUGCGCAGGAGCUGGGACCGAACAACCGGUGCUCACCCUGUUGUGGGGAUUUGAACUGCCAACCUUCCGAUCGGCAAGCCCUAGGCUCUGUGGUUUAACCCAUAGCGCCACCCGCUUCCCUUAGAUACAAACCUACAUACCAAAGAAAAGAGAAUUGUAGUCUCAAGGAGCUGCCUCUCCUGAUCUGCUUGUCUUCCUGUUUCAGGUGCGCCCUAGAGCAAUGGAGGGAGCAGGUGAGGGUUUGCCCCAUGGGGAAGAAGAUGGAGCAGCACCCACGGAGCCAUCCUGCUGGGCUCCUUCCUCCCUCCUUCCUGACCCCCAUUUUCCCACCCCUGGGGGGCUGACGGGCUCCUGGAACAUGCUGGGUA